UUGCUGUCCUCCAUCGAGGUCGGUAGAGCGAUGUUUCCUCUGGCCUCUUGGUAACACGCGCCGCGGGCUUCAGGUGAGGAAGAGGCCGAGGCCUGCGCUAAGGCCGCACAUUCACAGUUCACCAUGAAGAUCGAAGAAGUCAAGAGCACGACCAAGACCCAGCGGAUCGCCAGCCACAGCCAUGUGAAGGGGCUCGGUUUAGACGAGAACGGCCAGGCCAAGGUGGCGGCCGCCGGGCUGGUUGGCCAGGAGAACGCCAGGGAGGCCUGUGGAGUUAUAGUGGAGCUGAUUAGAAGUAAGAAAAUGGCUGGCAGGGCUGUAUUGUUGGCUGGACCUCCAGGAACUGGGAAAACGGCCUUAGCUCUGGCCAUUGCACAGGAGCUGGGAAACAAAGUCCCAUUUUGUCCCAUGGUGGGAAGUGAAGUUUAUUCGAGUGAAAUCAAGAAAACUGAAGUAUUAAUGGAAAACUUCAGGCGAGCGAUUGGCCUAAGGAUAAAAGAAACAAAGGAGGUUUAUGAAGGCGAGGUCACAGAGCUGACCCCUUGUGAGACGGAGAAUCCCAUGGGUGGUUAUGGAAAGACAGUUAGCCAUGUUAUCAUUGGGCUAAAGACAGCAAAAGGCACCAAGCAGCUGAAGCUUGAUCCUAGUAUCUAUGAGAGCCUGCAGAAGGAACGUGUUGAAGUUGGUGAUGUGAUUUACAUUGAAGCAAACAGCGGGGCUGUGAAGAGGCAGGGCAGGUGUGAUACAUACGCCACGGAAUUUGACCUUGAAGCUGAAGAGUAUGUUCCCCUGCCAAAGGGUGAUGUCCAUAAGAAGAAAGAGAUCAUUCAGGAUGUGACUCUGCAUGAUCUAGAUGUGGCAAACGCAAGACCUCAGGGAGGUCAAGACAUCCUGUCCAUGAUGGGUCAGCUAAUGAAACCAAAGAAAACCGAAAUUACAGACAAACUGAGAGGUGAGAUUAACAAGGUUGUUAACAAAUACAUCGAUCAAGGCAUUGCUGAGCUGGUUCCAGGAGUUCUCUUCAUUGAUGAAGUUCCUAUGCUUGACAUAGAAUGUUUCACUUACCUGCACCGAGCACUCGAGUCCAGCAUUGCUCCCAUCGUUAUUUUUGCUACUAAUCGAGGAAACUGUGUUGUUAGGGGUACAGAGGAUAUAGUGUCACCUCAUGGGAUUCCUCUUGACCUUUUAGACCGAGUCAUGAUCAUCAGGACAAUGUUAUACACUCCAGAUGAGAUGAUACAGAUAAUCAAGAUUCGAGCACAUACAGAAGGCAUCAGCAUCAGUGAGGAUGCCUUGGUUCACCUCGGGGAAAUCGGCACAAAGACAACCCUGCGGUACUCUGUGCAGCUUCUAACCCCAGCCAAUCUGCUGGCAAAGAUCAAUGGGAAAGAUAGUAUUGAGAAGGAGCAUGUGGAGGAAAUCAAUGAACUGUUCUACGAUGCCAAGUCAUCUGCUAAGAUUCUCGCUGAACACAAAGAAAAGUACAUGAAAUGAGAAUUUUGUUACUGAACCAACUGGUGAAAUUCCAAAUGUCAGAAUCCGAAAUAGCAGACUGCUUUGGACAUAAACAGUGGGUCUGCCAGCAUGGAAGGAGGAUACAUGGCAACUUUGGGAUGUGGUGUGGUUGUCAUAAGAAGCUUACAAGAAAAUUAGUUGUUAAUGUUUUAUGUAUGUUAGUUGA